UUCGUACCUGUUAUAUAUAUGAGGCCAUUUACAUUGCACCUUGUAGACCAAUGUAAGGCUUUCAACCUUAACGUGAACAUCAUUCGGACGUUAGCAGAAAAGCUCAGAACAAGAUAUGCCAUGCCUAAUAUGGCCAUAAUUGAGGCACUUGAUGUAGUUCCGGGGCGGAGUCAGGCCCUGCACGAGGUUGUGAUUGGGCUCUUGGUGUUCAAUAACAUACGCCGCUUGUUCAGACAGUUUUGUAACAGGCCAUCGUGUCAGCUCAGCGCUUGAAGCGAUCAAAUGGAUUUACAAUGAGCCAAUUUCGUGUCCAGCUAAAUUGAAUAGGAUAUGCAUAUUGCCGACUUUGUGGCUGGAUCCAUUGGAGAGCUGUUCCUGACUUGGACCUGUCUUCUCUCUAAAAUUGUACAGGAGCAUGUGGAGUUGCGGUGGGCUACCCAUUCGACACAGUAAAGGUCAGGAUACAAACGCAGCCCCAGUUCACUGGACUAUGGCAAUGUGCUACUACGACAUUUUACAAAGAAGGCUUGCAUGGGUUUUUCAAAGGUAUGGCCUUGCCCGUCACCACCAUCUCGAUGACGUCUUCGGUGGUGUUCGGCACAUACCGGAACUGCCUACAGUGUCUGUCCCAGGUGCGAUCAGGCGCCCCAGGGGGUCCCAACACCAAGCUGGAUGUGUUCCUCUCUGGCAUGACUGCAGGGGUGGCUCAGAUAUUUGUGAUGUCGCCAGGUGACAUUGUUAAAGUGCGCCUGCAGUGCCAGACGGAAUCCUCCAGAGGGCGCCCCAGCAUGUCCAUGCCAAAGUACAGAGGCCCCGUCAACUGUCUGCUGCAGAUCCUCCGAGAGGAGGGGGUCCUGGGACUCUACAGAGGGGCCCUGCCGCUCAUGCUGAGGGACGGGCCCUCCUACGCCACCUACUUCCUGACCUACAACACCCUCUGUGAUUGGAUGACCCCAGUCGGCAAGGAGGGGCCCGGCUGGAGCGGUGUGAUGCUGGCCGGUGGGCUGGCGGGCAUGGCCGGCUGGACCCUGGGCACUCCCAUGGACGUGAUCAAAGCCCGCCUGCAAAUGGACGGCGCCAGGGAGACGAGACGCUACCGGGGACUCGCGCACUGCGUCUCCGAGACGGUACGGCUGGAGGGAGCGGGCGUCUUCUUCAGGAGCCUGGGCAUCAACUGUCUGCGUGCGUUCCCCGUCAACAUGGUGGUGUUUGUGACGUACGAGUCGCUGAUUGGCGUCCUGCGAGCCACGCCCACCAUUGUCAAGGCGGAGAGGGCAGUGUUUGAAUAGUAUUUGUUGUUCAUGAGGGUCAGCGCACAAAAUGGAGCAUUACACGCUAAUGUGUUACAGUACUUAUUCUUUUGAUCAUGCUGCUAGUUUGUGGAUAAUUGUGUAUAUAUUCGUCCGGGAGAAAAGGCAGGUGGAUAUAAAGGCUUUAACUCCCAUUGCUCAGGAACACGUAUUAUGAAUUGCCAUGCUUCAAAACACUUUAAUUGAGCAAGUUGAUGGUAAGAACCUCCCUCCUGUGUGGUUGUAUUGUUGUCGUACUUUCAAUGUAGCCUGACAUCACCAGACAAAUUCUCAAAUGCGUAUUCAAACCUCUCUGUUCAUUUUCGAUGUUAUCAAUUGGCCCAGACCAAAACACUCCUGGAUGCAAUUUGAUAGACCUACAACCAAUGAGGCUCAAGGAACGUGUGACACAUCAGCGGCAGCCAUCUUGGUUGUUUACGAUGGUGGCAUAACCAACAUCGUGGUUAUUCCACGAUGGUGCUCCAAUAGGGCGGUCCUCUGUACAGUGUUCGUAUCAAACCCGGGCCAUAUUUUAUAACAGUUGUGGUUGGUCCGUCCCGGGCCAGGUCUGGUUGAGUUUGAACAAAUUGAAUAUGACAAGGCAGAUUCGUCUGGUUGACAGGCUAUAUUCAAUGUACACUCAGUAACAAAUAUUUUAAGAAAUGUAUUGGUCACAUCUUUGACGGAUAUGAAUGUGAUUUAAGCCUAUAUAUAUAUAUAUAUAUAUAUAUAUAUAUAUAUAUAUAUAUAUAUAUAUAUAUAUAUAUAUAGGUUUUUUUUAAGUGACCACAGCCCGCAACAUAGAGGUAAACGUAGCAUGUAGCCCAGUUUUAUGGGUGAGUUGCUUUGAUUUUUGACUGUAUGGCAUAACUAGAAUGUUACGAGAAUAUGUAUGUACUAUUUCAUGAAUGAGCUGAAGAAUGACAUUUAUUUAAAAUGGGCAUACUAGGAAUAUAUAUUAUGAAUAUUGACAUGUAUGUCAGUAAAUGGUUAUGGAGAAAGCCGUCAAACCGCUGUCUAAGGGCAUUCAAAACUUGCUGCUUUUCUGUGCCUGCCUAUUCAUAUAAAAUAAACUAGUUACGCUCAUCUAGGGGCAAAACUAUGAUAGUG